GAGCACAGGAAGUGUUGCACACAGACACAUGUCACCAAGAUCCAGAUGCAGUCUUUGACUUCAUGUGAAAGAUGUACGGGCCACCUCACAUCUCCUUGUUUACCUGCAUGGUGGCUGCUGCGGCAGUCCUGGCAGUUUCUGUGGCCUUCAACAUCGACUUCACCAAUCCUGAAAUCUAUGACGGUAAACAGGAGGACUUUUUUGGAUACAAAGUGCUUCAGUUCUCAUCUGCCAAAAAGAAAGGGGUCAUCGUCACCUCACCUCUGCAGCUCAACGGAUCAGGGGGAAUAUGCAAAUAUGAAAACAGCGAUCCAAAGUGCUUCAGGCCAGAUCCUCUAAAAACAAACGCAACAGUCGUCAAGUACUUUGGCUUGUCCAUAGCUGCAGCUCCUUCAGACACACGGUUCACCGUUUGCAGUCCAAGUGUCGCCCACGAGUGUCAUAAGAACACCUACCUGAACAGUUUCUGCUAUAACGUUUCAGAUGAACUGGAGCAACUCUCCUUUUUCAAGCCUCUUUUCCAAGAUUGCACUAAAAAGACUGUGGACCUGGUCUUUCUGUUUGACGGAUCAGGGAGCAUGACUGGAAGCGAGUUCCAUCAAAAUAAAGAAUUCAUCAAGAACAUAAUGAGCAGCCUUAAAAACACAUCAAUCAAGUUUGCAGCUGUUCAGUUCUCCUCAAGUCACAGAAAAGUUUUUGAUUUCAAUGAAUAUAAGGCCGGUCAUGCUCUCCUGCUACUUAAUAAAGAACCACAUAUGGAGGAACUCACCAACACACACUCUGCUCUCACAUUCGUGUUGAACAAGCUUUUCAUGAAUGCAGCUGCAGGGGCAUCUCCGGAUGCAACUAAAGUUCUGGUCCUCAUCACAGAUGGAGAUCCAAGUGACCGGGACCGUUCUCAGAUAAUUAAACAAUAUGAGAGUAAAAAAAUCAUUCGGUUUGUCAUUGGGGUCAAAGUCAAAAACAUGGAAAAGUUUAAAGUCAUUGCUUCAGAGCCAAAGGACAAAAACGUGUUCAAAAUUGAAGAGUACGACGGACUCAAAGGAAUACUGGACAAUUUUCAGAAAAGGAUAUUUAAUGUUGAAGGCUCCACCUUGACUCGCGCAGGAAACUUAACCAAUGAAAUGUCCCAGAGUGGAUUCAGUGCUGCCUACAACAAGGACACCUUGGUUCUGGGUUCGGUGGGAUCCAACAGCUGGGGUGGGGCUCUCCAGGAGCAACGGGGUCAGAAAGAAGAACAAAUUUCAGAUCCAGAAAUGCAUGAGGACUCGUACAUGGGUUUCUCCAUAUCUGUUGGAGAGAGGAAUGGUGUAUCUCUGUAUUUCUCCGGCGCGCCACGAUUUGAGCACAAAGGGCAGGUUGUACUUUUCAGUCGCAAUGCCAAGAACUGGACUGUGAUCCAAAGGAUCAACGAUGGCCAGAUCGGCUCGUAUUUUGGUGCAGAGCUGUGUUCGGUGGACGUGGACUCCGAUGGCAGCACCGACUUCCUGCUGGUCGGAGCGCCGCUGUUCUUCCAGCCUCAGGAGAAGAGAGAAGGCCGAGUCUACAUCUACACGCUGACUGAUAGCCUGCAACUGGAGAGAGGGCUGAGUGUGACGGCACCGUCCAUGGGCAGGUUUGGCACCACCAUCUCCAGUCUGGCUGAUCUGAAUGGAGAUGGGCUUGGAGACGUUGCUGUUGGAGCCCCCAUGGAGGACGACAACCGGGGGUCUGUGUACAUCUACCUCGGAGACAGAUACGGAGGAAUACGCAGCACUUACAGCCAGAGAGUCAUGGGGGAGAAAUUUAGACCCAAUAUGAGAUUCUUUGGACAAGCGAUUGAUGGACACAUUGACCUGGGAGACGAUGGGCUCCCCGACAUCGUGGUUGGCUCACAGGGCGCUGCCGUGGUUUUAAGGUCCAGGCCCGUCUUCAACGUCUCGGCUCGCCUGUCAUUUCAACCGCAGGAGAUUAGCACUGAGAAAAUCGACUGCCUGGGUAGCUCAAGUGAAAAUUUACCCAUGGUUAACCUGACACUCUGCUUUGAAAUGGAGGAGGCAACGAAAAGCAAAGGAGGGGCCGCGAGCUCGGGACUGAACAUCACGUACACACUCAGCAUCGACCCCAUGAGACAAACACAUCGAGGUUUAUUCAGUCGCACUGACAGGAAAGCCAAGAACCUCACGUCCACCCACAAUCUGAUCAAUAAAGAAACCUGUUUCACCUAUUCCACCUACAUGCCGAAAUGUGUGAAAGACACGUUAUCCCCCAUAAACAUCAGAUUAACCUUUUCCCAACCUGACAGUGAGAACGCGAGGGCCAGCCUGAACACGGACAGCAGGAGGCACGCCCUGGUGGAGGUUCCAUUUCAAAAACAUUGUAAAAAGAAUGACACUUGUAUCGCAGAACUAGAGGUGGAUUUCAGUUUCAUAUCUUCAACGUUGGUGGUGAAGGAAAACAACUACUUCAACGUGUCUAUAAGUCUGAACAACCACGGCGACGACUCGUACAACACCAGCCUGACCAUGUUCUAUCCCCCGGGCCUUUCCUUCUCCAGGAUGAUCCUUUCAAAGGCCAGUAGACCAACGCUGCACGGCUGCAACGACCUGGAGGGAGUGAGCAACCAGACCGUGUGUGGAGUCAGUCUUCCCGUGUACCGCAGCAGAUCCUUCGUGACAUUCACGUCUUCUUUCCACAUCUUGCAUAAGAGUGAGUGGAAUGACACGAUGACGAUGACCGUCACUGGACAGAGCGAUAAUUUGAACUCCAGCAUCCCGAUCCCGUCUAUGACCAAAAGCAUCCCGGUGCAGUUUGAAGUGAACAUGGCCUCAGCUGUGACAGAAGGCAGCGUCACGUAUCUGAACUUCACGUUGGAUGAUCCCGCCCCUAAGAACAUGAGCACUGCUUUCAGGAUAGAUAAUACUGGGUUUAAAGAUUUCCCCGUCAGCGUGUCCCUGGUCUUCCCCAUCAAACUGGAACAUGGCUUGGAAGUGAACGACUAUCAAGUCCUUGUCCAACCGAAUGAAACUCAGUGCUCAAGCAGGCCCGCCCAGAAGUCUGAGAACUGCUCGGCAGAACGCUGCGUGCACGUGGAGUGUAACACUUUCAACCUGAGAAGUUAUACGGCCGUCGAGUUUUGGUUGGUGUCAAAAGUGCAGUUCAAAGGCCUAAAAGAGCGUGCAGGGAGGAUUGGCUUUUUCCAGCGAUACACCGGAGAGAGCAGAGAGGUUAGAAUGAAGAGCUACAUAAAAGUUGACUUCGACAAGCAAAAAUACGUGCUGGGUUCCCAUAAAAAAGAGAAAGAAGACCCUAAGAAAGAGGCAGCUGACCUGCGGAAAUACAGCGACCCAACAAUAAAAUCGAGUGAAGCUCGUGUCGAGUACAUAUUCCCGCCACAAAAAUGGCUGAUUGUUCUAACUGGAACUGUGCUAGGAUUCCUGCUUCUGCUCAUCAUCAUAAUCAUCAUGUUCAAGCUGGGUUGCUUCAAGAGGAAAACGCUGGAGGAGUUCGAGGAGGAGUUCGAGGAGGAGCACGCAUCCCAUGAAGGGGCCCCAGCCAGUGGGGCGGCCGCUAAGUCUGAGAUGGAUGAAGAAUCUGAUGAACCCACGGAGGAGGAAGCAUUCAUGGAUACCAAGACCAACGGCAGCUUUUAGCCCGCUCACUGGGAUCUUGCGUAACUUGCUCGGUGCACAAAGGCUCAGAAGCAGCAAAACUACAGUCUGACAUUGAGGAGAAUAAACGUGUUAGGUGUCUCUCAUCAAGUGUCGUUGCUACUGAAGGAGCAGGUAAAUCACAGAUGGAGUAGAGAAGAAAAAAAAUCUGGUUUAUCCAUUCAUAUUUUUCAGGUCCUCGCACAUACAUUUCUAAUUUAAGGUAUUUAAAAACUCAAAAACUUACUUUGAUGCAAAUUCACUUUGACCUUAAAGUCAACUGCUGCACAUUUUUUAGACUUGAAUUAAACUAAUUUAUGCUUCGUCGACUCGAUGGCACCACGAUGCAGAGCAGCGCCCCCUUCUGCGUCGCUACCACAGAUUGUGUAAAACCAGAGGUGUCAAAAGUAUUCACAUUCAUUACUCAGGUAGAAGUAUAGAUACCAGAGUUUAAAAAUACUCCUGUAGAAGUUGAAGUAUCAACUCAAGUUUUUUACUCAAGUAAAAGUAUAAAAGUACUGGUUUCAAAACUACUUAAAGUAUAAAAGUAAAAGUAAUGUAAGGGGGAAAAAGCCAUUAAGGACAAAAGCCAUUGAAAAUGAAUGCAUCUUAGUAUAAUGCAAAUAUAUUAAAGAACCAUAUAUGUGUACUAUUGAGCAUUAA